CAAGGCAAUCCAACAACCCUAAACUGAAUUAAGGAAAUAAAUACAACGCAAUUUUUUAGCAUAACGAGGCCAAAAAGUUCAAUCUACCCUCCAAUAAUAUGAUGGUCUAAGUCGCUCUGUUUACUAAGCAGCUCUCUCUGAAGCCACUACAAACUAGCACACGCUCUCGGUAACUUUCUCUACCAAAUUUCUUCAAGAUGAGCGAAUGGAGCGAUCUUCCAAAGGAGCUCUUACAAACAAUCGCCAAAUGCCUUGAUUCUCGUGUUGACGUUCUCCGACUUCGCUCUGUCUGCACUUCCUGGCGAUCCUCUGUUUCAUUUCCUUCCUUUGAUGAAGAAAUUCCUCCUCUUAUCCUUAAACUUCCUCAACCCAUCGGCAUCGAUGCCGUUCUCUUCCAUGCCACCAUAUGCCGAAUGGAAUUUUCCCAUCAGAAUGCUAAUUCUUCUUCUUCAGAAUCGAAUUCCAAGGGCUGGUUAACUAAAAUUAGAGUGUCCAAGCUGGGUAAAUUGAAGCUUGUUCAUCCACUCUCAGAUUACCCAAUCAUGUACUCUCCAUUCACGUUGAACUUGCUGGACUUUCGGUUUUUCGAGUUAAGUAAAGCUUUCAUGCUUAAAUUCCCAUUUGGGUUCCCCCUUUAUGAGGUAAAUAAAGUCGUUUUAUUUCCAAUUUCUGCUAGAUGUAGUAAAUAUGAAAUUUCCAUUCUGGCCAUUUAUCACGAAGGAAAAUUGGGUUAUUGGAAAUACGGAGAUGAAAGUUGGACACUUUUAGAUGAUAAAAAUUUUCAAUAUGAUGAUAUUAUUGAAUAUAAGGGCCAAUUUUAUGUUGUUGAUAGAUGGGGUACAGUUUCUUGGAUUGAUUCUUCCUUGAAGCUGAUUCAGUAUUCCCCUCCUUUGUUCGGUUGUGGUGGGCAGAAGAAUUUGGUGGAGUCAUGUGGAGAUCUUUAUGUAGUUGAUAGAUAUCUGGAUGGAGAAAGGAGAACAUGGAAUGAUUAUGAGAAUCUUGAUGUUAAUUUCCCCGCUCGUAGAAGGACAUACCGGAUGUGUAAUCCUAACGCUACUGAUUUCAGAAUCCAUAAGCUGGAUGAAGAGUGGGGUACAUGGGUUGAUGUGAAAUCCUUGGGUGAUAGAGCCUUUGUGUUGGGUGUGGAUUGUUCUUUUUCCAUUUCAUCUGGUGAUUUUUUUGGAGGGAAAGGGAACUGUAUUUACUUCACAGAUGAUGAUAAUUUCAAGGGAAAAGGAUUAAGUAGUGAUAGCAUUCGCGUGUUCCGAUUAGAAAAUCAUAUCAUUGAGAAAGUAACAACAUUGCCUGAGUACUCUCAGAUUUUCUGGCCACCCAACUUUGGCUUAACAGGAUCAAAUUCUGCCCCGAAGUUUAAUGUGACCUGUUAAAGAGCUUGUCUGCUGUUAUGAAGGCGUAGGCUGCUGGUCUAACGUGUUUAUUGUUAACAAUGAGUUUCAGCCCUCAUCAUCCACACCUUCCCUUGCAUUCUCUCGCUUGUAAUCAGUGUAUGUACUUUAAGAUUAUAUAAGCAUGUGAUCUAUGAUGUUGAUGAACCAUGAAUUAAGGGAUGUUUACAUACUAUCAUUAUCAUCUAUCUGAAUCUGGGCAAGUUUACUGUUUA